AAGCUCUGUGACUAUUCGAGAGACACCUUGAAAAAAGAGCAUUUCUGAAGAUUCAGCUUCCCCAGUAGAGGGACCUUUAAGGGCUAUGCUUGGAGAUGCCCAGGUGGGGAAACCCUUGGCAUGUCACUAUCGGUCGGAGGAUGCAAGAAAGCAGGAGAGGCAUUUGAGGUGUUUAUUUGCUACUCCCAAGGGAGACACCUCAGGGGAGAGAGGCCUUGGGUGUAACGAGCUUGGGAGAAGCCUCCGGCAGGCCUCUGCCCUCAUCAGGAAGCAACGAGUGCCCUUUGGAGACAGGCCCCAGAAGUGGGGCAGGCCCUGGAAGAGCUUGAAACGCCAAAGGACGUUCGUGGAGAAGAAGCCAUUUAACUGCACAGAAUGUGGGAAAGCCUUCAUUUACCAUUUGGACUAUAUUCUCCAUCAGCGAAUUCACACUGGGGAGAAGCCCUACAGGUGCCGUGACUGCGGGAAGGCAUUCAGCAACAGCUCGUAUUUCAUUCAGCACCACAUCAUCCACACAGGCGAGAAGCCCUAUGCCUGCCGCGCAUGUGGCAAGACCUUCACUCAGAGCUCUUCGCUUACCGAGCAUCAGAGGAUUCACACCGGAGAGAAGCCCUACAAAUGCAAGGACUGCGGGAAGGCCUUCACACAGAGCUCAUCCCUCAUCAAACACCAGCAGUGCCACACCGGGGAGAAGCCCUACAAAUGCGGCCAGUGUGGGAAGUUCUACUCGCAGGUCUCCCACCUCACCCGCCACCAGAAAAUCCACACGGGGGAGAAGCCCUACCAAUGUGGAGAGUGUGGCAAGGCCUUCUGUCACACCUCCUCCCUGACCCAACACCAGACCACCCACACCGGGGAGAAACCCUACAAAUGUAACAAGUGUGGGAAAACGUUCAGCCACAGCUCAUCCCUGACUGAGCACCAGCGAGUCCACACUGGAGAAAAACCCUAUGAGUGCACUGAUUGUGGCAAAGCCUUCAGCCACAGCUCGCCCCUGACUCAGCAUCAGCGAAUUCACACUGGCGAGAAGCCCUGCAUGUGUCACGAGUGCAGGAAGGCUUACACGCAGAUUUCCCACCUCAUGAGGCACCAGAGCACUCACGUGGGGGAAAAGCCUUACAUAUGCAAUGAAUGUGGGAAGGCUUUCAGCCACACCUCAUCCUUUACUCAGCACCAGACCAUCCACACCGGUGAGAAGCCCUACAAAUGUACGGAGUGUGGGAAAACCUUCAGCCAGAACUCCUCCUUCACACGCCACCAGAGGAUUCACACAGGGGAGAAAUCCUAUGAAUGUAAAGUGUGUGGGAAAGCCUGUACCCAGAUCUCCCACCUCAUUCAACACCAGAGGAUUCACACUGGAGAGAGGCCCUACCAGUGCAGCGAGUGUGGGAAAGACUUCAGCCGGAGCACGCACCUCAUUGAGCACCAGAAGAUCCACACUGGCGAGAAGCCCUAUAAGUGUAAGGAGUGUGGGAAAACCUUCAGUCACAACUCAUCCCUCGCUCAACAUCAGAGGAUUCACACUGGCGAGAAGCCCUAUAAGUGUAAGGAGUGUGGGAAAACCUUCAUUCACAACUCAUCCCUCGCUCAACAUCAGAGGAUUCACACCGGCGAGAAGCCCUACGCCUGCAAGGAAUGUGGGAAGGCCUUCAACCAGAGUAUCCACUUAAUCCAACACCAAAGGAUUCACACUGGAGAGAAGCCUUACAAGUGUAGCGACUGUGGGAGAACAUAUACCCAGAUCUCACACCUUCUCCAACAUCAGAAGGUCCACACUGGCAGCAAACGCUACGCAUGUGAGGAGUGUGGAGAGGGUUUCAGCUGGAGUUCGCACCUGACUGAACACCGGAGGCUUCACACUGGCCAGGAUGCCUACAUCUGUGAUGAUUUUGAGAAAGCCUUUGCUUGGGGCACACAGCUUGCUGAUCAUCAGAGAACUCAUGCUGAUUAGACAACCUGAGUGUGUGAUGAGCUGGCUGUCCUGCUGUUAGGUUCCAUCCCACCUUCAUCAACACUAGGAACCCUAGGAAAAAUUUUGCCUUCAGGAACAGAUGGAUCCAGGUGCAUAAAUGGCCUUUCAACAAUCUGCUCUUCAUCAACACUAGGAACUCCCCAGAGAAGGAUGCUGGUGCCAUAUGUUGAGACGGUUUGUUCCUUUGUUCCCUAGAGGGAAGGUGGCACAGUUUUUCACUAACUGCGACAGGUUCUGAUCAUUCUGGGGGCUUCCCUUGCAUAUUUCCUCCACCCUGCCAUGUCCCUAGAUCGUGGUAUAGUUAGAGGGUGGUCCAAAAGGGAUGCCAUUUCAUCUGGGACCUUCACCAAGAACUGCUCUCUCCAAGCUUCUUAAACUGAUUCAUCCUUCCUCAUACUGGAGCCUGAGCCAGGCGCGGUGGCUGAUGCCUGUAAUCCCAGCACUUUGGGAGGCCGAGGUGGGUGGAUCACGAGGUCAGGAGAUCGAGACCAUCCUGGCUAACAAGGUGAAACCCCUUCUCUACUAAAAAUACAAAAAUUAGCCAGGCGUGGUGGUGGACGCCUGUAGUCCCAGCUACUCAGGAGGCUGAAGCAGGAGAAUGGCAUGAACCCAGGAGGCGGAGCUUGCAGUGAGCCGAGAUCGCGCCUCUGCACUCCAGCCUGGGCAACAGAGCAAGACUCCAUCUCAAAAAAAAGAAAAGAAAUUUAAACUGGAGCCUGAAUAUUCAAUGGGGGAAGACAGCUAUAAAGAUUAACCCUUUAAAGUAACAUUUUUAGUUUCCUUUAAAACUUUAAGCUACAAAUAUCAGAAUCUGCAGUUGGCUUAAACAAUAAAUAUGUUUCAUAUAAAUAUGGAUAUAAAUAUAAAUGUUUCACAUAUUUACAGACA